AUGUUGAACUGCUUCUUUGGGGCGGAGCUGAAGCCGGACGGGGUCCCGGUGAGCUUCACCAUACCCAAAGGAACGACGCUCGUCAUCACGCAGUGCGCCGUCACGAGUGUGGUGCCGCCACAGCAGUCAACGGACGCUGGCGCGUCUUUGUUUCCAGCUGUGGCAGCCAAGGCGUACAGCCCUGUGACACUGUGCGUGCAGGGCCACGGUCUGCCCACUCGCUUUGCCGUCUGCUCUUUAUCCCCGGCGCAGCAUAUCACGUACUGCCCCUUGCAGCUUCUCUUCUCUAAGCCAGUGUCGUUUGUGCUCGUGCCGCAGACCGGAUCCACGGCUGCCGCUGCUGCGUCGUCGUCACCCUCGCCAGCCGCGCAUGCAGGUAAGAAGGCGGGGCGGAAUCAGAAGUGCAACAAGACCGCGGCAGGUGCUCACGGUGCUGGGGCAGAGGCCACCGCUGCCUACCCGACGGUGCACCUGACGGGCUACUAUGAGCGUGCCGCUGACGAGGACGAGGAGGAUGGCAGCGUGGCCAUGGACGUCAUGGAGACGAGUGAUGAUGGGGAACACGACGAUCUGUCCGAUGACGAGUAA